AUGAUGAGCCAUGUACCUGUCUACUCUGAAAGUGGUCAUGUCAUGAGCCAUGUACCUUCGAAUCAAGACAUUUCUACUGAACAAUUUCUUCAAAAAAUUGACAAUGCUAUGCAACGUUGUCGAAAUUGGUUCUAUUGUACCAAUUAUUAUUUGAAACAAUAUCAAAAGCCAAAUCACUUUUACCGAAAUUGGAUUGGAUAUACACUGGGAAUGACUACUGGAGCUCUGGUAUCAUAUUAUACUUACAAACAUGUAAAUGAUAUUGUUAGAAUUUCUACAGAUGCUUAUCAAAGCGCAACCAGAUUUUUCCACAACUCUAUUGUUGAACCUUUAUAUAAUAUUUAUUCCAUUAUUCACUAUGAUGAACACAAGCACAAAUUGGCAUCGCUCGAAGAUGUGGAACUCUCUGCAAAAUCAUUGGAGCGUAUGGUUCUGGAUUUUGUUAAAGACACUCAUCCAAAUAUUUCACAAAGCGAGUUGGUACAAUAUGUACAACAAGCAAAGAAGGGAGAUAUUUCUGUAGUGAUGGAAACGUAUGAAAAGGAAUUAAAGAGUCCUUUAACAAAUGCUGUGUUUGGAAGUUUGGCUAGGGCUUUAUUGAUUCAAGUUCAAAAACAAAAAUUAGCAGUAGAGCAAUCUAUGGUUAGCAUUGACGCUUUAAUGAAACAAAAUGAAUUGAAUUUGGAAUUAAUUGCUGCUGUUCCAGGAGUGUUACUUUUUUCUUUCCUCUAUUAUCAAAUCACUAACUUUAAGAGAAAGACCGAUUAUUCAAACAUUACCGAGCCAAUGAUUAGACAAAUGUUGCUUAUUGAGAAAAUUCUUAACAGAAACAUUGGACUGCCAAGAUUAACUCUCACUGAUUAUGGUACCAUCUAUUUGUAUGCUUCUAGAGUUAAAUUUUUAGCCAACCGUUUUUCCACACUCAUCGAACAUCCAAGGACGGCAAGUGAUUUUACAAGCGACUUAAACGAAGUGAAUUCAACACUCAUGUCUCCUUCGCAAAAGUUCAACACAGUUCAUAGAAUGUUUAGACAAUAUCAGUUCUUAAUUCAACAGGAGCAGCAAUAG